AUGAAUGAGAUGGAAGGUGGACGGCGGCAUGGUCGAAACAUUUCGCAUUCCAUCCCWCAACCAGCCGAGCGAGGCCCACUAGAUGAUGAUAAUGAUGAUGAUAAUGAUCCGACGACCACAUCCUCACCACCACCACUCCCUCCAAAACAAGAAACCCCAAGGAUUCACGUGCAAUUCCUCCAAGAUGCUCGCAUAUACCACCCACUCCCCACCGWUGACAUUCCCAACGCCUUUCUCACCUCCAACCAUCGGCCCGCACCCGACACCCCACUCCCUCAACUGUUGGCGGGAGGGCAUUUCCGCCGCGCCGCAGAUUCCGCCGCCCGCUCCUUACUCCAGUGUGACCCGAUCGCCACGUUGAACAUCCUCCAACUCUUCUAUACGCGUUUGGCCUGCCUCAUCCUCAUCCAGCGCCCCGACAUAGCAGCCGCCGAAGCUCAGCCCCUCGAAUCUUUCCUCGCCCGAGCUCCCCCAGAAUCCUUGUCCGCCAUCCCGUGGGACCUCCGCCUCCUCCUCGUCCGUCUUCAAUCCAUCGGAGCUCCCGAUGGCGGGCGUAGAGGAAUCAUGUCGCUGUACGCUCUGGCCGCAGAAGCCCGAUCGCAUCUCCGCCAAGCCCGWGCCACUGCCGACACUCCCGCCAUCAAUCUCUGGAGCGAUAAUCUGCUCGAUCUCGGUCUACGAGUCUGUGAUGCGCUGGUCGAAAUGGGAGAGCUAGAGACCGCCACUCGACAUCUCGACACUCUGGUCGRAGUAGACGCAGAAGAACUAGCCCAUCGAAAAUCUCUCCUCCGCAUCCGCGUCGGAGAUAUCGCCGGCGCUCGCCAAACAGCCGCUGCCCUCUCCUCUCCUCUCCACAAAGCCCAAUUCUCCUCUCUCCUCCAAAUCUCCGACGGCGACUACUCCGCCGCCGCCCAAACCCUGCAAAAUCUCAUCGCUGAAUCUCCCUCCCUCCAUAGUCUUGACCUUUUCGCUCAGAAUGCCGCUGUCACUUUGUUGUAUACUGGUCAAAUUACUUCUGCGAAAAAUGUGCUGGAGGAUCUUGCGGCGCGAGGACCCAUCUUUCCGACGCUGCUGUUUAAUCUCUGCACGCUCUAUGAACUUCUUGGCACGGAAAGGGGGGGCGAGGGGAAGGGAGGUUUCAUUCAGAAGUGUGCGGCUAGGGAGCCUGGGCCUGAGAGUGGAGGAUGGGAACGCUCGGCUGGGGAGUUUAAACUUUGA